CUAAAAAGACCAAUAAUAAAGUCCUCAAUUCUCCUUUUUCCUUGCUCGUCUUUUCUAAUAAAACCCAAAUUCAUCUUUUCUUGACCUUACACCACCAGUAAAAGUGUAUCAAGCAUUAAGAACUCUUGCUUACAAUCACUUUGUUAUGCAAAUUUCUGAAAAUUCAUACAAAGAGCCUUUCUUGGUUUCAUAAAUUUGAAUGCCAAUCUCCAAUACUGAUAAUCUCUUACUUUCUCGUCUCUUUUUCAUCAUUCUCUUUGUUUAUAUUUUUACCGUCUAAAAAGCUUCCCCUUUCUCUAUUCUUUUCAAAACCCCACUUCAAUUUCAUCUUUCUGUUUUGUAUUACCUGUUUAAAUCCUAAACCCAUGUGCUAUUUUGUAUAAAUUCAAAAUCCCAUGUCAAUUAUGCAAAAAUCUUGAACACCCAUCUCAGAUUUGUCGUUAAAUUAUUGAAAUACGAUGGUUGGGAGUGGUAUAUCGGAGGUGAUCACUAGCAAUGGUUGUUGAAAGAUGUAUUCAGAUAUAAAUUGUACAUUGAAUACUAAUUCUUCCAGAGAUCUUCAUCUUCAACCUCCACGUCCUUCUCUUCUUCGUUCUACCUCAAAUUCCCCAUUUUCUGGUCUUGUUAUUUGUGUUACUGGUCUAUCCAAAGAAGCAAGAAAACAAGUGAUGCAUGCAACUGAGAGAUUGGGUGGUCAAUUCAGUCCCCAUUUUCAUCCAAAGUGUACACAUUUGGUGGUUCAGAGCUCCCAUGAACGCAAAUCUGAUUAUGCAUCAAAGCACGGAGCCAAAGAUGGUCUUUUUAUAGUUACACUAGUAUGGUUUGUCGAUAGUGUAAGAAAAAAUGUGAGAUUGAACGAAUCAUUAUACGGUGUUAAGAGUUUUGGAGAGGAUUAUAUGGCGAAGAAGGAUCUAAACCGAAAUUCUUGUCUUCCUAAUGCUAUGGUGGAUAAUGUUAAAGAAUCUAAAUUGAUACAAAGAUCAAGAUUACAUUUAGAGGAGAAGAAAAGAAGAGGUUUAAUGUUUUCGGGUGAAAGCGUGUACGUUGAUCCCGAUGUUUCGGGUGAGCUGAGGAACAAGGUGGUGGAGGCUGCUCGGGAGGAAGGUGGUUUACUAGUGAACGAAUGGUUGGUUGGUCAACAGGCAACUCAUGUGGUAUGUGAAGUUUCUUCUGUUGGAAAGUAUCUCGGUCAAUCCAACAAUAAUCUUGUUACUCCUCUAUGGUUUCUGAAGACAGUGAAGGAGAUGAGGUCGCAGAGGCUUGUCCAUUUGUCUGCUGACUUGGCACGCCAUCUAGGAAUGACGAUGCAGAAUGUUCCAGGUGGAAAUUAUCAAAAGGAUUGUGAUAUGAUCCAUAAUUCUCGAGAUAUCAUUAAAUCUAGCCGCAAAGAGAAUCAAAGCAUUGCAAUGAUUGCAAAAACGGGGGUAAGGAAUCGUCGCAUGCAAUUACAGACGUGUCAAAAACUUAUAAAACCAUCAUCUCCAAGCAUCCUUUUGGAUUCAAUAAGUUGGAUUAUGUCGGAGUCAUCAUCAACCUCAUAUAUCUAUAACAACCCCUUCAGUAGUAUUGAUGAUGAUGCCAAGACAUCCAUACCAGAUGCUUGUUUCGUGAACUUCCAGCAACCACUCUCUGAAAGGGAAAAGAGCAAGUUGAUUUUUGGAAACCAUUUCAUUACGAUAUUGUUUCGAGUGGACUGGUUUAGGGAAAUGGGCCUGUGUUCAAGGACGUUCUUCAGUGACACAGGCUUCACAUGUUGGCAGCUAUUACAUCACAUCUACACUUUUUAUCAAGAGAACAUGUCCACAUCCGAGAUAGAGUUAGCCAUCCACGCUGAUUCCCGCCAUGCUGACCAGCUACGGUCAAACUACUCCAACAAAGAAGUUGUGGAAGUCAAGCACAUUGACUUCUUAGGGAGUCGAAGAAGGUUUCAAAUGCUCAAGCAUAUAACCGGGGACCACAAUAAAAACAUCUACGAGUUGUUGACCCGUGCAUAGUUCUUUUUCCAAUUUGACUUCAUGAGAACAAGACUUAAUCUAGUAAGAUGAGUUUCUAGCCGGCCAAUUUUGAGCUUUCCAAGUCGUUGUAGCUCAUAGAGCAUGAGUAAGGCAGCAGAAUCAAAAGAUGUCUUCUUAUCUGCACGUGGGUCCCCCUUGAGUUGUAUUACACCAUAACCAGGAAUAGUGAAGGUGAUAUGUGACUCAAAGCUAUUAAACCCUGUUCUUUUCUCCUCCCCUUCACCAAAUUCAACAAGAGAUCUGCAAAAUCGUGCUUCAUUUUUAAACCCACAACUUUACUAAUAAACGGGCAUUAUAUGAGAAGAUUGAAGCAAAUUUUACUUA